UGAAUAAAGAGCAAGUGUUUUAUGGCAAAGAAAAGCUAUAUAUUUAUUGACAGGUGAAUAUUAGAGAUAGCUAGAUUGCUUGUGUUCAUUUUUGCCGUAUAUAUUAAUCCUAUGUUUAAUUAAUUAUAUAUGAGACAGUGUAUCGGAGACACUGUGUUGUAUGUACGGGUUAGUUCGUGUUUUAUGAUGGGUGUGCCAACCAGAGGUAACCAAAAUUGGUCAACAGCCGCAUUCAAUUAGGAAAUAACUAUAUAUGGAGCAUUUCACUUGUGUGAAUCUUUGCUCAGGGGUGAGGGACAAGUUAUCAUAUACAGUCGCAUCUUUUUGGAGCAAUGUCAGUUUUGGUUUUGAAUCAUGUCAGAAAGGCCAAUACACACACCGCUAGAACAGAGUCGUUUGAGAUUGAAUCACUGAGCGUAGUGACAUUCACUAUAUUGCAGUAAGAAUUUUUUCUUACACAAAUGGACAUAGGGCUAACGUUCAAAUGCAGAAAGCAUCACAUGGCCAAUUCCCAGGGCUUCUAGAGGAGUCUUGUGGUGAACCAGCAAACUCGGACUUUGCCAGCUGUUGGUUUUCUCAGAGAAAGCAUCUCCGGCAUUGGCAUCUCCUGCCCCCUGAGAAUUUGGACCUGCACAGCCACAUGAUCUUGUUGCUGAGUGAGAGUGUAAACAUCAGGAGAGACAGCAGCUGUGGUGUUUCUGGGCAUAAUGACUCAUCCUGUACUGACCCAGUCAGUCAAUAUAUGUAUUUUCUCUCUUGUAGGCUAAUUGUAGCAUACAGUGUAAAAAAAGGCUAUGACUCAUGUAGUUGUUUUCUCCGCCAUUUGUAGGUGAAUGCUUUAUUAUAAGGCAGAAUCAGUUCCUAGUCUUCCUUUAGCUUACACCAUUUUUUAAAUGUCCUCUUUUUCAUCUGUGGAAAAAAAUUACAUUUUAAAUAUGUCAGCACCUAUGCAGACUUUUCUACUGAGAGAAGUCUUUUAGUGGUCUAAUGUUUGUGCUUAUUCUGGAGUUCUAGAGCCCAUGAACAUAGUGACAAUUUGCAUGUUAUUGCAUGAUGAUCUUUAGUGAUCACACUAGUUUCUGAAGUACAGGUAUCUAAAUUGCACAGUUAGAAUAGUGGAAAGCAUUUAUUGUAUACUCCAUAUGUUUUUAAAAUCAUUUGUUUCUACUCUAAAAUCUGGAGUCUUGUGCUCUCUCCAGUUGUAAAUUUUUUGAGAGCCUGUCGAGACAGAAUCAGCACAAAUUCAGACUUAUGUGUAACCUGUUAUAUAAAAACGAAAGACAAGGAAUCUUCAGACUCGUUCAUGUCCCUGGAGGCCUGUUCCAUUGCUGUCAGAUCACUCUUUCACUGAUGUUCAGGGGUGGCUGCUGUUGUUGCACAUAACGUUUAGCAUUCUAGGAAUUAAUAGUUCAUUUUCACAUUCUUUAGGUAUUACUACUAUAAUUAAAUAGGGAUCUUUUUAUUUAUUUUUUGUGAAGACUGACACAGAACUGGAACAGAAUUUAGAGGUAAACCUUUUGAUGAAUGAGUGGCUUUCACUGGAAAUCUGUUUAUGCUGCCAAAUUUGUACCAUCGUGUACAUACCUGAAGUAAGCUAAUGUUUUGAAAUCCCGGUGGGAUAUGAUGCUGUCGCUUUAAGAUCUAGUACAAGCUGUGGGCCAAAUCUGUGGUGACGUCACUGUGAAAUAGUUGCAGUGUUUCCUACCGAUAAAACAUUCUUCAGUAUCUUCAGUGACUGAAUGCCAGUGGCGCAUAACUUAUUGGUGUAUUUCGGAACUAGCAGCUCAUUAGCUCAUUCAAUGGCACCUUUCUCAGCUGUAAUUGUACCCACGUGAUUUGGAAUAAGGAACCCCCCGUGUACGCUGCAUGCAUUUGUAAGAUUGCAGAAGUGAAGUAGAAAAGGCUAUAACUGAGUCUGUCCCCUGAAAGUGCAGCCUGUUCGGGAAGCCCUUUGAUGGUGGAAAGAGGAUGGAUAAUGGCAGCCAGCACCCCUCCAUGUUGCGCCUGCAGGAGAUCCAGCAGGAGGUGGCCCGGCUGGGCCAGCAGGUGUGCACCUUCAGCGGGCUGCAGAGCGACCGCGAGUACCGGCGGCUGGAGCGCGAGCUGAGCCGGCUGCAGAUGGAGGUGGACCAGGUGGAGACGGAGGGCAAGGCCGAACUGCAGCAGGCCCGCAAGCGGGCGGCCCAGGAGCUGGAGGGGCUCCUGCGCUACCUGGAGGAGAACGCCACGCACCCGUCCCGCCUGGCCAUCGAGGAGCUGAGCCAGGAGGCGCAGCGGCUGGUGGAGCAGGGCGUGGUGGAGCCACAGCGGGCGGGCGCGGCCGAGAUCGGCGACGAGCUGGUGGACGCCAUCCAGGAGCUGGUGCUGCGGCUGACGCAGGUGAAGACGGGCGGGCGCGUGCCCCUGCGCAAGGCCCGCUACCGGGCGCUGACGCGCGUGUGCGCCGUGCAGGACGUCAUCGAGGGCCGCGCCCGCCAGCAGACGCUGCCUCUGCCGCUGUCCGAGGGCACGCACGCCGCCGUGCAGCGCAUCAACCAGGUGAUGGUGCAGGUGAGCGGCGCACGCAGCCAGCUGGUGGCGCUGCUGAUGGGCCUGAGCGGGCGGGACAGCUGCGCCCACCUCUCCCGCGUCCUCACUGAGCUGCUGGUGGAGCUGGACGCCCUGGACGUGUCCGGCAACGCGUCCGUCAGAAACUACCGCAAGCGCGUGGUGGAGGAGAUCAACGGCCUGCUCAAGCACCUGGACCUGGAGGGCGAGGGAGACGACACGUGCAGAUACGAUCUGGCCCAGAACGAUUCCAUCCGGCAGAUCGAGGCGGUGCGCGGGCGGGUGGCCCAGCUCCAGGGCGAGCUGCUGCGUCAGGGCGGGGCCGGCGAGUUCAGCUUCAAGCCCAAGGCGGAGCUGCAGAGCCUCCUGACGCACCUGGACCAGGUGGACACCGCCCGCAACCCCUGCAUCCGCGAGGCCCGCCGCCGAGCCGUGCUGGAGCUGCAGGCCGUCAUCACCUUCCUGGACCUGCGGGAGGCGCUGGAGAGGCGGCAGCCGGGCCCCGAGGAGCACCCCUCGCACCGGGCCGUGUGGCAGGUCCUGGCCAGCCUGUCGGACCUGCAGGCCCAGGUCCUGGGCUUCGACGGCAAGCGCGCCGACAAGAGCUACAUGGUGCUGGAGGAGCUCCUGACCAAGCAGCUGCUGGCCCUGGACGCCGUGGACCCGCAGGGCGACCAGAUGACCAAAGCCGCCCGCAAGCAGGCCGUCAAACUGGCCCAGAACAUCCUCAGCUACCUGGACCUGAAGACUGAUGAGUGGGAGUAUUGACCCCUCCCACCGGGACCACCCCCCACCCCGUGUGUCCGCUCCCAAACGCAGAUGGCAUGAUGUCAUAUCACCCACUGAUCUGUAGACUGGAAAUGGCCUCCUGUAUGAUGGCUGUGUGUGUACAUAUAACAUAUGAAGGUAAUCUAUGUAUUGGGAGUGUGUAAAUAUUAACGGAACGCUAGAGUGCACUGCAGUGGUGGCCCCCAUUUUGCCAUCUCCCCGUCUGAUCCAUGGAAAACCGAAUAGUGAUUCAUUUGUUGGAGAGGAAACCGCAUAUUACUCUUCCAUUGUGUGCUUGAAGUAUCUGCAGCAUCCCUGAACGCCUGCUUGUGAUUUUUGAUCGUCCUUGUCGGUGCGGUGCUGGAAGCUGGACCAGAAGCCUGCUGGGUCUGCUUUCUGCUCGGCCGGAGAGCAAUUCCCUCAGUGACAAGGGACCAACCUUGCAUUUUUUUUUUAAAAACGAUGGCUCUGCAAUUCCUUUUAUCCGCACAAGAUUUAGUCUGUCAGAAAAACGGCCCAAAAUAUCUAUUGCCAGAAAUUAUGCACUUUAUUUAUAGAAUGUGUUUUAUUUGUCUGUUAUAAAUUCAGCUCCAGAUACGCUUUCAAGCAGCUGCAGUGCAAGAUCUCCACCCUACCACGCUGUCACUACCAUAUCAUGCAGUGGUUAAAAACCACCUCCUGCGCUGUAUCCUUAUACAGUAACGUGGGGGGGGAAUUGCAUGAAAUCCAGCUAGGAGCAUGAAAAAGCUUCCCCUGUGGAAUGAGCUGAGAGACCAGCCUAUCAGAAGCGCCAUCAAACAAGCAACCGAAGGGCCUGCCUUUGUCUGUCGGAGUCUGCCUGGACUUGUGAACGCGCGGUGGUGAAGAGCCCGGCUGCUCGCUCGCUCGCUCGCUCUUAUUUUUAACCGCGUAAAGGAAAGAGCCUUGGCUGGGUAAGCCAGAGGCCAGGGGUGUCGCGUCUGAAGCGCGGACGGUGAUCAGAGCGGACAGGGUGGAUCUCUGCUCCGAGUCGCGCGCGGGGGGGGGGGCAUUUCAUCCGGGCCAUGUGCCUUGCCUGUGUACCGAGGGAGAGGGGAGGUCUCUCCUUCCCCUGCUGAAUUAUUCAUUCCAAGCACAAAGCCGGGCGGUCGGUCCCUUCCAAAGCCGGGAGCUCAGUACAGUUCCGCGAGCACUGGCUCGAGCUGGGGGAAACGCUCUGUGGCACGGCGCGGCGUGUCCGCGGAGCUCCGUUCUGGAGCGAGCACAGGCUGCCGGCUCACAUUUGCACUUACAGCUUGUGCGGCUGUAACCCCACCCCACCCCUCAGUGGUACCCCACCACCCCUCAGUGGACCCCCGUGUCCAUCCGCCCUCAGCCAGUCGCUCAUUUCCAGUGCCCCGUGCUCUCUCCCGUCUGCACGGUGCCCAGCGCUUUGAGGCUAGCAGUUCUGCCCUCUCGGCCGUAAUGACAGAGGAGUGCCCAGGCAGCGGAUUAGACCGGGCAGCCAUCGUACGGCACAUCUGCCACAGCAACGACCAUCCGCAGAGCAGCUCAUCGGCAUAAUCCACUGCAAACAACUGCAGCGUCCUGGUUGCAGCAAGAUGUCAGCCAAUCAGAUACCGCACUGUACAAUGGACAAUGUAUAGGAACUACAGACAGUAUUACAACAACAGCAUUCUCCCAACCGUUCUGUUAUACUUUAUGAAUGUGCUCUUGAUUUGUGGGAACCAGUUCCUUUUAAAGAGAAAGGAAGUUGUUUUUCCUGUUGAGAGUGAGUAGCUAUGUUCUCCAAGAAUAGGAGAUCUGUUAUCUUUCUGUCACCAACUUUAAGUUAGUAAUCAAAUAUCCAGUUUUUGUUUUGUCUAUUUAUUUUCCAAAGGUAUGUUUGUAAUGAGUAGAAAGCAAAGCGUGCUUUUAGAGCAGGGGUGUCAAGCAGUAUUGCAAUAAUUGCAAAUAUAUAUCUCCUUUCCAGGGCACUCUUCUGACAAACGAUUUAAUAAAUCGUCUCAAACAGUCAACAUGCAUUUUUUCAUGGCUACUCACGGCUGAAACAGAUUGCAUAUAACCAAGUUUUCUACUAGAAAAUGUAUUUUAAAGAUAUUGAAAACAACGAUUUUUUCAGUGGAGUAACUUUUAAGGUUAAGGGCACAUUUAAAAAAUUUUAAUAAUCAUUUAUUAGAGAAGAACUCGCAAUUGCUAGUAACGAGGUGACUUAACUUAUUAAGAUGAGGUCGCAACGAAAAGCAGCAUGCACCGAUACUCUCUGGGAAAGAAAUUUGACACCCCUGCUCAAAGGGUGUUCUGACCUUGGAGUAACUCGAUGAGACGAGACCAGGCGAACCGCUACAUGUUCAGCUCACACGGGGUUAACCCCUGAACGACGAGGGCUUUUCUCUCGCCGGUCAACUGGAGAGGUACAGCGGGGAAGCAUCUCUUUAAAAUACGAUGCAGUGUUCUUCUGUUAGUGUCAGGCUUCAGCCCUGUGUGUCUUUUCAUAUCUCCAGCUUCUCAAGACCAGGGCUGUUCGAGGAAAAAAAAAAAAGACUGCAUUUUACUUAAUCAAUUUUACUUCAAAAGUAAAGAUGAGAGGGAAAGAAAAUUCAGAAUCUGAAUUUAAGAACAGCGUUCUGACACAGCUUCAGUGGCACUCUUGAGAUGUAACAUGUCUGUUAAGGUGCUCCCAUUAAAGGGCAUGCGAUCGUGUGCGUCGAGGAUGGGAGAGGAGAACCAGACCAGGCCGGACAGGAAUGCCACACUGGAGUAGCUGCUGACACAGAAAUGCUUCACAGCUCAACUCCAGCAAAGCUUUAGCCCCUCGCUGAGCUGAAACCUUCCGUCUCUCAUGGGAAAGUGAGAAAAUACCACAACUAGAAUGUAGCAAUUGAGGAAUGUCAUAGUAGUGUCUCCAAGUACCAAAGCUAUUUUUGCAUUCUUUUUUUCCAUCAUUUAUAAAGAAAAAAAAUAUUUUGUAAUCGUAAGGAGCCAGCAGUAAGGGUUUUUAAAGAGGCCUGAUGGCGCUCUUGGUUUUCAUCAGUUGGGUGUUCCAGGGCAUGAUUUGGGCCAGAACGUCUCGCGUUUACACAUUGUUCAUUUCUGUGUUUGGCUGCUUUUCAUGGUGAUAUUUUGUUUAAAAGUUGUAAAUAUUAUGAAGUGAUAAAUAUUUAUCAAGGUAUUAAGAAAAGAAAGUGUCACCAUUAAAAAAAAAAGAUGAUUGUGAUAGGCUUAUUGUGUUUGUGAGUCAAACGGGAGAUGCUUGUACAAAAGCAUUGAGGUUGUAACUGUGUGAAUGCUUCAGUAAAAGGUCUGUUUCCUCUAUGUUUUAUUUUCCAGUCCAGCCAAAUAAAUGAGUCUCUAUCUUGA